AUUAGCUAGCCCAGCCCAUUUUGUUAGCCCCCUUUCCGAUCGAGAAGCCUCUCGCUCUCCUCCUUCGCUGGCCGGCUUCAUCCAUCCGCCCGCGCCCGCGCCGUCCCUCGCUCCGGCGUGAAGAGUUCUCAAGGGAACCGCGCAGACUCCACCAUUUGUUGGUGCUUUGCAAGCGCCGGCAUCAACAUCUGGAUCCUCAAGUGCUUGGGAAAUGAGUGCGGGCGGCGCGUUUGGUGGAAACAGGGGAGCGAGGCCUGUACCUCCUGAAAAAGGUGUAUUCCCCCUCGAUCACUUGCAUGAGUGCGACCUGGAGAAGAAGGACUAUCUUGCUUGCCUGAAAUCGACAGGAGCUCAGUCUGAAAAAUGCCGGAUGUUCUCGAAGAAAUACUUGGAAUGUAGGAUGGAGAGGAACCUGAUGGCAAAGCAGGAUAUGUCGGAGCUUGGGUUCAGUAACACAGACGUUGUGGUUACACCUUCCGAGAAGAACAGCAAACUGGAGAGCCCAACAAGUGAUUCAAAAGAGAAGAAAUAGCUGUUCAAUUUGCAAGUUCCUUAUCUGACGGUUAACAUCAUUCGGUACUUCAACACAAGUUUUGGGAAGCACUGCCUCCAGAAAUUAAGGAGUACCUCCGUCUUAAGGGCAAAAUGGUAACCAUGAGAGUAUGUAAUUCCUUGGAUUAAGAUUAAAUAAAAAAGAAAAAUAACUUACUUACUA